AUGACGAAUCUAGAGCUAGCUUUGGCUGACAGAAAUUCUGGCUCCCAUCGAAGCGAAUCAAUUUUCCGGGAAAACAAAUGGAAAAUCAAUGCCAAUAUUUCCGGAACAGCAAACGCGUUGAACGAGUCUACAAGGUCCAGCGCUGAACUGGUUCAACAGAGAGAGAUGAUGCGGAAACCUUUUCAGAACUGGGACGAGUUUAAUCUACGAAUGAUUGCGAGAUUUAGAAUGAAGAUAGAAGAACAUCCUGGGAAGCGGUUGUUUAGUAUGAGGCAAACGGGAUCAAUUGAGGAGUAUGUGAAUGAAUUCGAGGAACUAUCAACAAUUGUUCCUAACAUGGAUGAAGCGAAUCUCACUCACAUGUUCUACACUGGUUUGAAACCAGAGAUGAAAGAGGUCAUAAAGAUGCAAAGGCCUAGAGGCUUAACAGAACACUUUGAAGGAGUCAUAUCGAUGGAAGACAGCGCCUUCUGCAAAUCAAUGGCUGAAGCAGCCACCAUCACUCAGAACAAACGUGCUUCGUCAUUCACGCCUCUCAAAUCAUCGUCAAAUUACAACACAAACAGAUCGUGGCAAACACCAACAUCACAAUCAACCUCUUCAAAAUCAGGAUUCAAGAGUAAUGAACAACAAUCUGGAUCUCGACCACAAGGACAGGAGAAACAACCGUGGAAACAGCAGACGAACAACAGACCAGCAGGCAGCUUACAUCUGAGUCCAGCUGAAUAUGCAGAAAAAAGGAGAUUGGAGACAGAAUGGUUCGACGCUGAUGAGGAUGACUCAGGUGUAGUAACGGAGCUAAUGGAGUUAUCUUUAUUCUCGUUUUUGGGUAUUGACUCACCCACAACAACAAAACUCUGGGGCAAGAUUGGCUCAGUAGAGGUGGUAGUCAUGCUAGACAGUGGAGCUACUCACAAUUUUAUUGAUCCAGUGAUGCAGAAGAAGUUACAACUAAAACCAGUGAGAGAUAAAAGACAGGAGAUCUUGCUAGGCACUGGGAUUACAGUAACGGGGUCAGGAGUUUGUAAAGAUGCGGAGUUCAACCUACAAGGUGUGGACUAUAUGGCUGAUUUCAUCGUAUUGGAGCUGGGAAACGUGGAUAUAAUUCUGGGAGUUCAGUUUCUACGUACUUUGGGGAAGUGUGAAGUAGAUUGGGAAGAGCAUGUGAUGUCCUUUUGGUACAAAGGUCAGCGAGUGACUGACUAUACGUGGUGA